CAGCGAAAGUGAGAGUAAAAGUAAUGAAAACGAUGUAUUUAAAUGUCCAAACAGAGAAAAAAUUGAAAAUUUGCUUACAAUCCUGGGGCCAUUGUUCAGAGUCGGUACCAUGGAGGGUUCUUCAUGGAAAGAAGACUAUCUGAAAACACCGUUCGACUCAUCUGGCAAUAAUCCAAUCUUGGCAGUUGAAAUGAUCAAGGAUGAAUCCGACCGUUGUCGUAUUGCAAAAUCUCUUAAUAUAGAGAUACUAAGCGGUGAUCUUCAAAAAAAUAAUAUUUAUCAAGACAUAAAGAAUAUUGCAAAAUGCGGUUUCAAUCAUAUAAUUAUUAUUGGGUGUUGUUACUGUGACUUACAUUUUCUGGAUUGCUAUGAACAUGUAUUCAGAUGGGACGCUAUGACUGAUAUAUUAUGGUUUUUCGGGAAUCUUUUCAAUGCAAAGGAACCAGUGCCAUGGGGCGUUUCAUUAGACGGAACUGUGUGGGAGCUAACUGAUUUAGAUUCGCCAGAUGAAUGCAAUUCUCACCCAGAAAAAAAGCAAGAAAAAAGGGAAGAAUAA